AUGCCGUCGCAAUCCGAUGACAAGCGUCAGGCCGCCCGCGAGGUCGUCGACAUUCUUCACGAGAUCUCAACCCUCCUUAAUACGCACCUAGACAGAACAGAACUUUCGCUGUGUGUCUCUCUCAUCGAGAAUGGAGUAAACCCUGAUGCCCUGGCGACUGUGAUCAAAGAUCUCCGGAAAGAAGCUACGGCGGCUUACCCUAACGACCAGAGUCUGCCCGAGUGA